UGUGUAGUACUGCAGAUAUACAACUGACUGCAGAGGGGAAGAAACAUCUCUUUUAGCUCUCUGCUCUCUCCUCAGCAUCCUUGUGACUGAGAUUGUAUUCAACACACGCAGCAAUCUCAUUUAGAAAAAGAAAUGGAAUACCAAACGCUUAUUUGGUCAGCCUUUUAAGAGCCAGUGGAGUGGAGCACAGAGCGCGCGCGACAUAACUGCCCCCGGGCUCUCAGAGCGCACGAGGCAACCCUGCUGUAUAACAGUCCAUCCAAUGCGAGCCAAGGUGUUGUGGACCCUUCUCUUGUGAUAACUACUAUCUCCCUCUCACUGGGUUCAUCAGUUCAGUUCCACCAUGGAUGACACAGACACCCGGGACCACCUGUCCCUUAAGAAGGGGGCUAAGGAUAUGGUGAGGGAGGCCAAACAUCAUGCUGCCAAAAAGGUCAACUCAGUAGUUGACCGAGCAUCAGAUGAGUACUCACAGAACCGGUCCUAUCAGCGCUUCCAAGACGAAGAUGACGGUGAAUACUAUGACCCGCCUCAGGGCCACUACACAGGCCAUCAGGCCAAUGAUGAAGAAGGUUCCAGUGAUGCCACCGAAGGCCACGAUGAUGAAGAUGAGAUCUAUGAGGGUGAAUACCAAGGAAUUCCCUCUGAAUCUGGGCACAGGGACGGACAUGUGGCUUUGGGGCAGCCUGUAGCAGAUGGCCUUAAGGACCGCAGGGAACUAGAAAGUGAGAGGCAAGCGGAUGAGGAGGAGCUGGCGCAACAGUAUGAGCUGAUCAUCCAGGAGUGUGGCCACGGCAGGUUCCAGUGGCAGCUGUACUUCACACUUGGUUUAGCACUCAUGUCUGAUGGUGUGGAGGUUUUUGUGGUGGGCUUUGUGCUGCCCAGUGCUGAAACAGAUAUGUGCAUGCCUGACUCAAGCGCUGGAUGGCUAGGUAGUAUUGUAUACCUGGGGAUGAUGGUGGGGGCUUUUUUCUGGGGGGGCAUGGCAGAUAAAGUGGGACGGCGACAGUGUCUGCUUAUCUGCAUGUCCAUAAAUGGCUUCUUUGCCUUCCUGUCAUCCUUUGUACAAGGCUAUGGCCUCUUCCUGCUCUGCCGCAUGAUAGCGGGCUUUGGGAUUGGUGGAACCGUACCUAUUGUGUUUUCUUACUAUGCGGAAGUCUUAGCAAGAGAGAAACGUGGCGAGCAUCUAAGCUGGCUCUGCAUGUUUUGGAUGAUUGGGGAGAUCUAUGCUUCUGCCAUGGCCUGGGCUAUCAUACCUCAUUAUGGUUGGAGCUUCAGCAUGGGUUCGGCAUAUCAGUUCCACAGCUGGAGGGUAUUUGUAGUGGUGUGUGCUCUGCCAUGUGUCUGCUCUGUGGUAGCUCUCACAUUCAUGCCAGAAAGUCCAAGAUUCUAUCUAGAGGUGGGGAAACACGACGAGGCCUGGAUGAUCCUCAAGCAGAUCCAUGACACCAACAUGAGAGCACGUGGACAACCGGAAAAAGUCUUCACUGUAACUAGAAUUAAAACCCCAAAGCAGAUUGAUGAGUUUGUGGAGAUGCAUCCAGAAACCAAUAACCUUGUGUCCAAAGUUAUUUUUCGAGUGAAGACGGAACUUUCUGGGAUCUGGUUGAACUUUAUGAAGUGUUUCAAUUAUCCAGUGAAAGAUAAUACAAUAAAGCUGGCCAUUGUAUGGUUUACAUUGUCAUUCGGGUACUACGGCUUGUCUGUGUGGUUUCCUGAUGUGAUCAAGCACCUUCAGGCUGAUGAGUAUGCUUCUAAAGUGCAGCGACACACCAAUGAGCAAACCGAGGGCUUUACAUUCAACUUCACACUAGAGAACCAGAUACACACAAAUGGCGCUUUCAUCAAUGACAGGUUCACAAAUAUGAAAUUCAAGUCAGUGACAUUCAUCAACACCACGUUUCAAAGCUGCCAUUUUGAAGAUGUGACGUCUGUAGGAUCAUUCUUCCGAAACUGCUCUAUUAUUGAUUCUUUCUUCUAUAACACAGAUAUUGACGAAUCCAAACUGAUAAACACAGAAGUCAUAAACAGCACGUUUCGUCACAACAAAACGGGAUGCCAGAUGACGUUUGAUCAUGACUACAGUGCCUACUGGGUCUACUUUGUCAACUUCCUGGGGACACUGGCUGUGCUACCGGGAAACAUUGUGUCUGCACUUCUCAUGGAUAAAACAGGGCGCCUAACUAUGCUGGGAUUCUCCAUGAUCCUUUCUGGGAUCAGUUGCUUCUUUCUGUGGUUUGGCAACAGUGAGGCCAUGAUGAUUGGAAUGCUGUGCCUUUACAAUGGCCUCAGUAUCUCUGCCUGGAACUCACUGGAUGUGGUCACGGUAGAGCUAUAUCCUACUGAUAGAAGAGGGACUGGCUUUGGCUUCUGUAACGCCUUGUGUAAGCUGGCAGCAGUGCUUGGGAACCUAAUCUUUGGCUCUCUGGUCAGUAUUACUAAAGUCAUCCCAAUCCUCCUGGCAUCAUCUGUGCUGGUGUGUGGUGGCCUGGUGGGACUCCGACUCCCGGACACAAGGGCCAAUGUCCUGAUGUAGGACUUCAACAGCUUCACUCAUGUCUGGCGUUCAUGGCGCAUGUGUCUCCCAUUCAUUUUCACAUUGUUUGAGGCAUUCUUUUUAAAAAGUUUUAUUUUGAAAAUCUAAAAAUCAUGAACUAGAAGAAGUGAAAAAGACUGAGGAAUAUGACAAAUGUGAUUACUGUAUUAGUGGAAUUUACAGAAGAAAAAGUGAGCGAUAAUGUGAGUCAUAUUAUAUUUUAGGGCAUCUCAUUUAUGAUGCAGAGCAUUGCAGCACACAGCUGUAUCAGGUAAGUAGGCUGAAAGUCUAAAUACAGUAUGGUGAUGUAUGAUGCUGAAAGCUGGUCCUAAUAGAGGUGUAAAUAUGAUUGACUCAUCUAAUUAAGAUUAAAUUUUUGAAUAAGAUGCAUAAAAAAACUUAAUUUGUAACCUUAAGAGAGCCUACUGUAUAAGUGAACAGCACGGGGAAAGACUGGGAAAGAUACAAAGAUAUAUCACAGCUAUCACACAUGUCAUAGGAGGUCAGAGUUACUUUGUUUGUUAGGAUUAUAGCUGUUACAAUUCAUUAUUUAUUAAAAUAAUAAAUAAUUUUUUAUUUUGUUUAAUUGCAUAUUAAAAAAAUAUUUAAAUACUCUCAAAAAUCUAGCUAAAAUAUCACAUUCCUGCUCUUUUACACAUUUUGUGAAGGAAUUUUUAACAUCGAUUUAUUAAGCAAAUAACUAAUUAUUGAUUUAACAUUGUGUGUGUGUGUGUGUGUGUGUGUGUGUGUGUGUGUGUGUGUGUGUGUGUGUGUGUGUGUGUGUGUGUGUGUGUGUGUGUGUGUGUGUGUGUGUGUGAAAAGGUCAAAUGGUCACCACAUUCUAUAUGAAGAAAUGAACCCAUAUCCGUAAAUAAUAUUGGCCUUUUAAAACUUGUGCCUCUCUUUUGCUUAACUAACACUCACUCUCAGAUGAAGUAUCUUGCCAAAUAAUCCAUCAAAACUCCACUUGCUCAUCAGUAAAACAGUAAAAAAAAAAAAAAAUAAUAACAGAAACCCUUUAAGAACACAACACUGUGCUAGGCAUGAUUGACAAUGCAGAUUUUGGUGAUCCUGAGCUUUAAAAAUAAAAGAGGAUGUGAGGAUAUUGUAAAUAUAACCAUGGACUAUACAGUAGAUUGGACAUCAUUAUCAAGUCACUUUUAAAAUAUACCAGAUUGGCUUUUAUUGUUUUUCUUAUCUGAUAAUUAAUUUAAUUUUAGAUUUCUUUGAUUUGUACUCAUCCAGUGUCAGUAUUUGUUUCUCUCUGAUAUAUUAUCAUCAUUAUGUGCCACAGUCACAAUGAUACUUUCUACAGUAUGUGCUGCUAUAUAUGGUUGGUGUCCUUCAUUACUGCAUUCUAAUCGUUGACACUACUGUUUUAAAAUUUGGCAAAGACAUAUUUUUUAAAAUACAAUUUUGCAAUGAUUCUAAGCCAUUCUGCUGUAAAAUAAUAAUAAUAAUAAUAAUAAUAAUAAUAAUAAUAAUAAUAAUAAUAAUACAAAGUGUCCUGUACUAUUUUUGAUUAGGCCUCUGUCAAACCAAAGUGACUUACUGCUGUUUGACUCAGCAGAGCUAUGCAGUCUCUGAAGUAGAGGUUUCUAAUACAAAAGAAAAGUAGCUUAUUAAUUAAUUUAGCCAAAUUUUAAUGAAGCAGUGUUUAUCAGUAUUAGAAUAGAUAAUAAUGUUAUAGUAUAUUAUUGUGUGUCAGCUAAUGUGUUUACGCACUGCUUAUGAAUGUGUGUGCGUUUGUUUGGAAAAUAUCGUAUGUACUGUACGAUGCAGUGAGUGUGUGUAUAAGUAUUGGUGGAAACAAAUGAAGAAAGAUGCAAUGUUUCUAUGGUUCAUCAAACUACAUAAAAAAAAAUAAAAAAAUCUUUCCAACCAUCUGACAUUGCAGACAACUUUGCAUGUGCAUAUGAAGUAAUCUGUGUUCGUACUUAGUUUUGUGUUUUUAUGUCCCCUUGCUGAGGGAUAAUCAGAAACAGAUUAUUUGGAGUAAAUUAAAGAAUGUAACAUGCUCUGUGUUUUCUGAAAGUUGGGUGUACACUUUGUGAACAUGAAAAUACUGAAAAAAGCUUACUUUUGUGAAAGUAAUAAAGAUGUGUGUUGAAA